AUGUUAUCCAAGGUGUUGCUGAAUAUAGCUUUCAAAGUCCUGCUGACCACCGCCAAGAGAGCAGUCGAUUCUGACGAUGAUGAUGAACUUUUACCUUCCCCAGAUCUCCCGGAUAGUGAUGACCCUAUAACAGGUGACCCCGACGUAGACUUAAACCCUGUUACAGAAGAGAUGUUCUCUUCAUGGGCACUGUUCAUUAUGUUGCUCUUAUUAAUCUCUGCAUUGUGGUCUAGUUAUUAUUUAACUCAAAAACGUAUCAGGGCAGUGCAUGAAACUGUACUUUCUAUCUUUUAUGGUAUGGUUAUCGGCUUGAUAAUAAGGAUGUCACCGGGGCAUUAUAUUCAAGAUACGGUUACUUUUAAUUCAUCCUACUUUUUUAAUGUUCUUUUACCGCCUAUUAUCUUAAAUAGCGGGUAUGAGUUGAACCAAGUGAACUUUUUCAAUAACAUGGUAUCCAUCUUAAUUUUCGCCAUACCUGGCACUUUCAUAUCUGCUGUGGUUAUCGGCAUCAUAUUGUAUAUCUGGACCUUCUUAGGAUUAGAGAGUAUCGACAUCUCAUUCGCAGAUGCCAUGUCUGUUGGUGCUACAUUAUCUGCUACCGAUCCUGUUACAAUUCUUUCCAUUUUCAAUGCCUAUAAGGUGGAUCCUAAGCUGUAUACGAUUAUUUUUGGUGAGUCACUGUUAAAUGAUGCUAUCUCUAUUGUUAUGUUUGAAACUUGUCAAAAAUUUCAUGGUCAACCUGCAACAUUUUCAUCGGUUUUUGAAGGGGCAGGCCUCUUUUUGAUGACUUUCUCCGUUUCGUUGUUGAUAGGUGUUCUUAUAGGAAUUCUUGUUGCUCUUCUAUUGAAACACACUCACAUAAGGCGUUAUCCUCAAAUUGAGAGUUGUUUGAUCUUGCUGAUUGCAUAUGAAUCCUAUUUCUUUUCCAACGGUUGCCAUAUGUCCGGUAUCGUUUCCUUGUUAUUUUGCGGAAUCACUUUAAAACAUUAUGCCUAUUAUAACAUGUCAAGAAGAUCACAAAUUACCAUUAAAUAUAUUUUCCAAUUGUUAGCAAGAUUAUCAGAGAAUUUCAUCUUCAUCUAUCUAGGUUUAGAGCUUUUUACUGAAGUAGAACUAGUCUAUAAACCACUUUUAAUCAUUGUGGCUGCUAUUUCUAUAUGUGUUGCUCGUUGGUGUGCCGUGUUCCCAUUGUCCCAGUUUGUUAACUGGAUAUAUAGAGUAAAGACAAUCAGAUCUAUGAGUGGCAUAACCGGAGAAAAUAUUUCUGUUCCUGAUGAAAUUCCUUACAAUUAUCAAAUGAUGACCUUUUGGGCAGGUUUACGUGGUGCCGUUGGUGUUGCUUUAGCGUUAGGAAUUCAAGGUGAGUAUAAGUUCACCUUAUUGGCAACGGUUCUUGUUGUUGUUGUUUUAACAGUUAUAAUUUUUGGAGGUACUACUGCGGGGAUGUUGGAAGUUUUGAAUAUCAAGACAGGCUGUAUAAGUGAGGAAGAUACAUCAGAUGACGAAUUUGACAUAGAGGCCCCAAGGGCAAUAAAUUUGAUGAAUGCUAGUUCCAUGCAGGCAGGUUUGGGGCCAUAUUCCGACAACAAUUCACCAGAUAUUUCAAUCGAUCAAUUAGCGGUCAGCAGUAACAAGAAUAUCCCUGAUAACCCAUCUACAAUUGGUGGCAAUAGUUUUGGAGACCUCAAUGGGACCGAAAAUACUAGCCCUAAUCCAGGAAGGUCUUCUAUUGAUAAGCGUAAUCUGAGAGAUAAACUGGGAACGAUAUUCAAUUCUGACUCACAAUGGUUCCAGAAUUUUGAUGAACAAGUAUUAAAGCCAGUGUUCUUAGACAACGUGUCGCCAUCCUUACAAGACUCGGCCACUCAAUCACCUUCUGACUUCUCUUCCCAAAACCACUAG